CGAACCCGGUUCGGCGGCCAUUGAAAGGCGUCUUCCUCACCCUCAAAUUUUGCUUGGUUUCAAAAUGCCGUUAUCCAGUAUCCCAACUGCAUUGAGCUUAGCAACUGCAAUCCCUGUUCUUCAACACCAAGAGGUGAAAGCGAAUGUGAGUUUUGGAAGCCCAAGAAGAGUAGUGGUGAACAAGAUUGGUAGAAAUGUUGGAUUGUCUGUUAGGUCAGUUUCUCCAGGGGAUGCCACAGGUUCUUCGAUUCAAUUUGAUGUGCCGUUUCCUGGUGACUACGAAGAACUUCUUGAUCAGGCAAAAGAAGCAACUCAGGUAGCUUUGAAGGAUGGAAUACAGUUGAUGGAGAUUGAGUUUCCAACUGCUGGGCUGGAAUCGGUGCCAGGUGAUGGUGAAGGUGGUAUCGAAAUGACCGGAAGUAUGCAAUUGAUUCGUGAAUUUUGUGACCUCCUCAUAGUACCAGAAAAGGCUACACGAACCAGAAUAUUCUUUCCUGAGGCUAAUGAAGUUCAAUUCGCAAGAAAAUCAGCAUUCGGAGGUGCUUCUUUCAAGUUGGAUUAUUUAACAAAGCCCUCAUUCUUUCAAGAUUUUGGGAUUGUUGAAAAGGUUAAGAUGGUUGAUCGGGUAAAGGAAGAAGAUGAAUUAUUCAUUGUCGGCUAUCCUUACUUCAAUGUCAAUGAAAUGCUUGUUGUGGAAGAACUUUACAGGGAAGCAGUAGCAGCCACUGCUAGGCAAAUGAUUAUAUUCAAUGGGGAACUUGAUCGUAUCAGAUCUGGAUAUUACCCAUCAUUCUUCUAUCCAAAGCUAGCUGCACUCUUGACGACACUCUUUCCCAAAAUGGAAACCGUAUAUUACAUCCAUAAUUUCAAAGGUCGCAGUGGCGGAGCCCUUUUCAGGUGUUAUCCUGGCCCCUGGAAGGUACUAAGAAGAUUAGGAAGUAGAUAUGUUUGUGUGCAUGAACAAGAAGAUAUGCCAACCCUGAAGGAGGUUGCUUUGGAUAUUCUUCCCAAAGCUUAAAAAUUCUCCGUAUAUAUGGCUGCAGUCUGCCUCGGGUUUCACCUUCUUCGUGGUUAAUACUUUUACAACUCGUGUGACCGUGACCAUCUACAGAGAGAUCCCCACAUCAUCAUUUGUACGUUUUAUUUGUUUCAUUAUUUCCUGGUUCUAGAAUUGGUAUUUAGCAUAUGAACAUCUUAUGCAUCUAUUUUAGGAUUGAUUUUGUGAUAAUUGGGUUUAUCGGUUAUAAAGUUUUGGGGUUAUUUUGAAU